AUGCCCAGCAACUCCACCAUGGCCGACAUCAUCAAUGGUGGCGGGGGCAGCCCUCCUUCACGUAGCAGGAAGUCGAGGCCUACAUUGACAAGGAUGACGACGAUGAGCCUUGGGAAAACGAUGUCUACACCUACAGCGAGGUUGCCGGAGAGGAGGUGGAGGAGCCGUGGCCAACCCGAAAGGGGAGAAGAAGAAGACAUCAGUGGCUGUGUAGCCGAAGAAGAAAGCCGACUUGCCCGCCCGGUCACCACGGCCACCCCGACGACUCCCCCCGCCUCCCCCUCCCCACCCAGCCCCAAGCGCCCUCGGAAGACCGGCCCUGACCUUGGCCCUCCCGCCGCAGCCACGGGGAACUCCCAGCACCGCGCUGGCGGGGGAGGCUGCGCGUCGGCCUCCUCCGUCUCACGCCGCCAUGGGACUCGGCCUCGGCCUAUACCGCGUGAAAGGCUGGUUGACCUUCUCGACCCCGCCGCGGACCCGGGGCCCCGGGCGCUUACGCGGCAAGAGCUGAGGCACUGCAAGAAGGCGCUCAGGGAGUUCGACAAGAAGCUCAAGAAGCCGCUCGACAUCUCCAAGGAGUUCAGAGGCCUGCCGGACAUAAGAAUAGCGCUCCAGUCAACUCAGAAUUUUACAGUGGCUCGAAAUUCCGAUAAUAAGGAAAGGAACCGCUACACUGAUAUCUUUCCAUCUGAUGAAACCAGGAUAAGGCUACAGUCUUCAACAGGCAAUGAUUACAUCAAUGCAAGCCUUAUAAAGCUUGAUGGCAAAGAUCAAACAAAGUUCAUUUCUACUCAAGGACCGCUAGUCAAAACAUUCGAAGAUUUCUGGCAGAUGGUCUUUGAGAACAGCUGUCCUGUAAUUGUUAUGCUCACCAAAUUUGACAAUGUUAAGUGUGAUGAGUAUCUUCCGUUGAGCAAGAGGCAAGAAAAUUACGGAAGAUUUAACGUUAAGAUCACGAAGAUCAGUGAAGGUGGCAAAUUAACGUUGCGCAGUGUGGAGGUGAAACAUAACGAGUCACGUAAAGUGCAUACUGUUCUCCAUAUCCAGCACUCUACAUGGCCUGACCAUGGCGUGCCAGAUGACAGCAGUACUGUACGGAACAUUCUAAAAAGAUUAUAUCACAUUCCGAGAGAGCACCCAAUAGUUGCACAUUGCAGUGCAGGCAUUGGGAGAACUGGUGCUUACAUCACCAUCCACAAUACAAUAGAGAGGGUAUUACUUGGUGAUCAAACUGCUACAGAUCUUGCUGCAACUGUCAGGGAGUUCAGAUACCGGCGUCCUGGGAUGGUCCAGACAGAGGAUCAAUACAAGUUCUGCUAUGGUGCGAUCGUGGCGGAGCUGAAAGAACUGAUUAAAAAAUCAUAGCGCAAGACCAUUUUCUGAGAGAAGUUUCAUGCAGAAACAUGCUCUUGCUUCCUCGAUUUGCCAUGCUUUAGCUGACAGCAUUGAUGCACGUCAUGAAGGAAGACCGGAAUUUGUAUUUCAGUAGGAAGCUCUUUCCAACAUUAUUGUGAUCAGUAUUUUACCAAUUUGAUCAUAUCUCGCACCGAUUUGCAAAUGGCUGGCGCACACCCAGAAUCACCAUUGCUAUGUAUCCACUUGUAUCACUUCCGUUGUUGAAUGAUUAUAUGUGUUGACGCCAGAUGGUUGGCAUGUCUACUGGUGCACCACCACCACCUAGUAGCUUGCAUUGUUUGAUGGCAGAUGCAUGAAACCCAAAUUGUGCUGAAUGAUCUUUAUAUGUCUUUCCUUGUUAA